GUGCGCACUUGUCAUGGCCAAAACACAUUGUCAAACAACAACAUCAUGCUUGGUUGCUGAUAACUAAAGCAGACGACAGAACCUUUUAGUCAGUGAACGGGCGGCAGAGGAGAGAUGACAAUCAGCGCCGCCAGAUGCGGCAUAUUGCUGGUGGCAAAACGUGCAUCUGAUGCACUGUCUUAUGGUGCUACAGCAAGAACAGCUGGUAUUUUGACGCGUCUGUAUCAUGUCGCAAAUCUUUCAACAACAACGGUCGUGCAUCCGUCUGUAAGGGCACUCUUAUGUAAACCUAGAGCCCCCUUUCGAGUAUACUCCGAUUCAACGGGCCCAGAAAUGCUGCACAGACCAUCAAAUUUUGAUAGGAAAAUCUUGGUGUGGUCUAAAACAUAUCCAUCAUUAGGUGACAUACCAGAGGCUGUGCCGCAUGCCAAGAUGAAGAAGGCCAAGGAUGUUUUUCGAAUUCGUGUCAACAUUUGGAUGGGUGUGUGGACUGUAAUUGGAUGUAUUGUUAUGAUUUACUGGGGUCGUAAAUCUGCCAGAGAGGGUAACAGUCUGGAGAAAGAGAAUAUGCUCUGGCACCAACAAAUUAACGAGCAAGCCAAAAACAAGAAGGUGUAAGAAAUUAUGACCAAUCCGACACAUAGUAUUGAUAUCCGUGAUUGAAUAUUGGGUGUGUCAUGAGUCCAAUAUGUGAGUU